AUCCCUGGAAGUAUCCAAGGCCAGGUUGGAUGGGGUUUGGAGCAACCUGGGCUGGUGGAAGAUGUCCCUGUCUGUGGCAGGGCAUGGAACUGUUUGUUUCCCCAGCCCAGUGCUGUGAUUCCAUGAUCUUGGUGCUGGCUCCAUGCAGAGGUGGCUCAUGGUCACCUGCAGGGUGUGGGAGGGACGUGUGUCCCAGCGCUGUGCCGUGGCCACAGAGGGUCCGCCCUGCCUGGAGCAUUCCUGGCUCCAGCCCUAGCGAGUGAUGUCCCUUGCCAAGUGUUGCAGUUAUUGGGAGACAAAAAUUCCUCGGGGCAGCGGCGUUGGCUGCAGCCUCGCUAUUCACAGGAGCCGUGCGCUUCGGGAAACAACUGCGUGACAAAUGGGCUGCUCUGGCUUUUUAGUGGCUUCUCCUCCCUUCAGCCUCGACAUGUGGGACGGGCAAGAGCCUUGGGGGCUCUUCACUGGGCUUUGUGGUUUUCUUUCCUUUCAAAUGGAUUAAGAGGGACAUGUUCCUGUGACAAGAAUGAAGCGGGACAACUGUGUACAGUGAGAACAUGGAGCAAAUCGUUAACAGGGCUGCUUCAGAACUGGCCUGAGCAGCAAGGCUGGGGGCAGCCAUAAAUAACAGGGGGUUGGGAGAGCCGGGGAUGGAGUUUGCAUUCCUUGUCCCCCGCUAGCAGGAUCUGGGAUGUGCUCCAUGGCUGUGGGCAGGGGGAGGCAGAGGGAGAAUCCCUUUGCUCUGUAAAAGGCCAGUGUUGCUGUCUCCUGUGGAGUGUGCUCGGGAUGUUGCAAGAGCAGGAGAGAUCCAUUCCUGCGUGGAAAUUCUUCCUGGUGCGUGCUUGGGAUGCAAGAGGAGGGCAGAAGGGAGCAAUUCCUUCGUGGAAUGUGUUAACAGGCUUUUUCUGGUGCUCACACUAACCAAAGUGUGAGUUGGAGACAUGGAAUUGGCUGCAGGUGGCCUUGGCAAAUACAGCUCUUUGCUGCUCUCGGUGGGAUGUCCCUCCCCAGCCACACCAGGAGCUCCCAUGGAAGGUCUGCAUGGCCACAGCAGAGUGUUGGUGAGGUCUGCGAGGGGACAGCUCUGUCCUUCAGGGUGGGAGAGGCACCAUCCCCUGGCUGGGAUCAGAGCUGCUCAGGAGUCACCUUCCCAGUGCCUGGGAAUGCCGGGAGGGAAAGGCAGAUCCGAUGGACUUGGAUCACCAGGUAUCCUUCUGCUCCCAAACACCCAGGCUGGAGCCCAUCAGCCACAGCACAGAUGUGACCUGGGCAGGUGGUUCUGUCCCUGCUUCCUCCACACCUCAGUCCUGCUGCUCAUUCCUCACAUCCUUUGGAGACUUCUCCCACAAAAGCCUCGGGGGGAACAGGGAAUCUCUCCAGCAGAUCCUGCUGGAGCCCUGGAGGCGGCAGGGAGGGCAGGAAGGCCAAGGAGCACAGGGUAGCUGGUUUCAGAGCAGAUCUGUCCCUGCUCAGGCCAUGUGCUUCGCUCUGCCUUUGUCACAAUCCAAGGAAAGCGUCUCGCUGUUUGCCGGGCCUGAUCCACGCCCAGUGCUCCCGCGAAGGAAGUUCACAGCUUGGGAUGCAAAUGCCCAGGGGUUCUCUGCAGAAGUCCCUGAUCCAAAUCAGGGACUUUUCAGCUGCUGACAGGGGCUGUGUCACCGUGCAGACCCGUGUCCAGCAGCUGAGGUGCAGGGGGACAGGCCGGGCUUCCCGGGGCGUGGCAGGGCUGGAUGUGCUGGUUCUGCUUUUGGGAGGGCGCGGGGGUCAUCCCGAGGUCGGUGUUUCCCUGGCAGGAGCUCACAUCUGCACAGAUGUGCUGUGUGCUCGCUGCUGCCUCCAGCCCUGCCACAGCCCCGGCACCGUGGGGCUCCAGUCCAAAAUGCUGUCCCUGGGCUGUCACCGCUGUCCUGCCUGACCUGGAUGCUGGGGACACUGGGCCAGCUCAAGGCUGAGUCACAUCCUGAGGUGGCAGAGUGUUCCCCCACCACGCUGACUGUCAGAGGGUGAGGGAUAGCUCAGAUGUGUAACUCUGUGUGUACAUAGAUGUUUAUAAAUAAUCUAUAUUCAUAAUCUUAUUUAUUUAUGUAUUUUAUGUCUAUAUAUUAUUUUUUUCUGGCCAGACACCUCCAGGAUUACAGCAUGAGCUCUGUGGCUGAAACUGCACAUCCUUGGACAACCUUUCAGCAGCUUGAGUUGUUCCUUCACAUGGAAUUAGCCACAUUGAGCCAAAAAACCCCAAACUGUGCAUUUUGGAGAGUGCCCCGUGAAGCAUGAGGGGCGUGUCCCCAAGGAGUGUGUCAGCACUAGGUGGCACAAGGACAUGGAGAUGCCAUCACCAAAACAUGUCCCUGUGUGUGGGGCACUGCUCCCGGUGCGCAGAUCCCACCUGGAGCUGCCACAAGGACAGAUCCCUUCUGGUUCUGCCCUGGGCGAGGCGGUGACCCGGCAGCGACAGCGAGGAGCCCACAGAGCCCUGGAGAGGGAGAGGAGGAGGAGAGGGAUCCCAGGCUGCACAUCCUGCUGGGAAGCUGCUGUUUCCUGAGAGAGGCAGAGUCCCCGCGGCUGGGGACGGAAUGGCACUGCCUGGGUGUGCCAGUCGGGUGAUCCCACAGCCAGGAGCUGUCCCUGGCUCAGGAUGGCUGCAGAGCCCUCGCCAGCUGCCCCUGGUGUCCCGGAGCUGCCACAUCCUGUCCCUGGCACAGGGAAACUCCCCCAAACCCUCUCAGCUUUCCUACGUGCCACCUCUGCCUCCUGGCAUUUGAUGUCACAGCGGACCCAGCCUGUCACCUGAGCUCCCUCCUCCCCAUCCUGCCGUUUCUCUUUCCCUUCCCUGUGGCUUUGUGCCGUUUUUCCCCCUCUGCGAGCUGAUGUCUUUCUUUUCCCACUUCCGUAGCUACGAACACCCACAUGCCUUAUCUCCUUCCCCCAUCCCAUCCUGAAGCCUAUUUAUACAGAGCCUGGCUCCUGCCCAGCCUGCCAGCGACGCCGCAGGAGCGGGACGGGGCUGGCAGCGCCCGCAGCCCAACAUGCUCUGGGCUGCUCGGGGAUGGUUCCUGCUCUGGCUGCUCCCGUCCAUCCUCAGGGCCCGGGCUAGCCCGGAGACGAGGCCCAGCUCCCCUCUGUGCCAGCAGAGCCCCACGAAGGUGUCUUGCAAAGGAGUUGGCCUGCGGAAAUUUCCCAAGGGGCUUGGCCAAGGAAUUAAGUACCUUGAACUCUCCAACAACUUCAUCCAAAACCUGUCAGGCAGCAACAUGCCAGGAUUUGGGCAGCUGGAGUACCUGGAUGUGUGCUCCAACCAGCUGGAAUCCGUGUCAGCCGCCGCCCUGGCUGAGCUGCCUCGGCUGCGCUCGCUCCUCCUGGGAUCCAACCACCUGGACCGGAAUUACUUGGCUAACGGGGAAGCUUUCCAUCUGCUCAGGAAUAUAGAGGUCCUGGACCUGUCUGUGAAUAACCUGGAGAGCCACAUGGCCAGCUGGUACAUCAGCAACCUCACCAGCCUGAGGGUGCUGGAUCUCUCCGGGAACACAAUGACCAAGCUGCUGGCAGGGACCUUCCAGAACUCACCGCGGCUGCGCCAGCUCGACCUCAGCAACAACUACAUCAUGGAGAUCCAGGAGGGAGCCUUUGAGCCUCUGGAAGAGCUGGAGGUGCUGAACUUGGCUUUGAAUUCCCUCCACUGUAUCUCUGGCUUCAGCCUCACGCAGCUGCGAGUUUUAAACCUCAGCCACAACGCCCUGGAGCUCUUCUCUGAGGAGGAGGGAGCGGAGCCCUACCUGCUCCGAGUGCUCGACUUGAGCCAUAACAGACUCCUCUAUUUUCCAGAGCUCCCCAGAGCCCAUAAUCUCACACACUUAAACCUCUCCAACAACCUCAUUGCUUCCCUGCUCCCAGGCUCUCCCCAUCCCAGGGAGUUUGUCCUGCCCUACAAGGAGAUGCAGAGGUUCAACAGGACCGUGCGUCCCGUGGCCGCCCUGACACACGUGGCUGACCUGGAUCUCAGCAAUAACCGCCUGGAGCUGUUCCCAUUUUCCUUCUUCCACGGUCUGGGUUCCCUGCACAGCCUCAGCCUGGCAAGGAACUGUCUCCAGGACGUGGCCAGGGAGUCGGUCAGCAAUGGCACGGAGCUGUCUGUGCGCUCGCUGGACCUCCACAGCAACGCCCUCCGUGUGCUGCCACGCUGGUUCUUCGAUUCCCUGCCUCACCUGGAAUCCAUGGAUCUGGGCUCCAACAGCCUCCAGCCUUGUGAGAGCCAGGGCAGUGACCAGGGAAGGGAUUUGGGAGGGGAUUCUCACACAUCAGCCCCCAGAGACACCUGCACCCCCUUCUACAACGUGCCUCACUUGAAGCACCUGAGCCUGUCCAAGAACAACAUCUCCAGGCUGCAGCCCCAUGCCUUCAACCGGACCCCGCUGCUCUCCUUGGACCUGUCGGGAAACAGGGACUUGUCCAUGCCCACGGGAGCACUGGCAGGGCUGGAGCUGUCCCUGCAGGAGCUCUCUCUGAGGGACAACCAGAUGGACGAGGCAGCGCUGCCCUGCCUGGGCGCGCUCCGAGCAUUGGACCUGUCAGGCAACCACCUGAGGCUGCUGCCCACGGGGCUCUCCUGCUCCCCGCUGGAGAGCCUGGACGUUCGGAACAACCGCCUGCAGGCCUUGGGAACAGUCAGGAGCUGGUCCCACAGCCUGAGGGCGGUGUCCAUGGCCGGGAACCCCUGGAGCUGCUGCUCGCUGGGCUGGCUGGAUGCGCUGCGUGCGGCCGGAGUGGCCGUGCCCGACCUGCGCCAGGCCCGCUGCGUCUUCCAGGAGCGCGGCCGGAGCGUCUCGGCCAGGAUCACCGACACUCCCCGCUGGAUCUGUCCCCAGCCCAGGGACACUGCCUCCCUGGCCCUGCUGCUGGCCCUGAUAGGCAUUUCCCUCCUCGGUGCCUGGGCUUUCUGCCUCCUGAGGAAAGGGCGGAAGGCUCCGGGAUGUGCGGGACUUGAGAGCAACAGGGUGGGAGUGUCCCAGCCCCAUCCCAAAGGACAGGGGCCAGCCGAGGAGAGGCCACCUGACAGCAUCACCAAAGUGUAGCCCAGACCUGCAGCCAUCAGCCAGAACUCUAAUUAUUAUUAAUAAUAUUAAUAUUAAUAAUAUUAUUGUGGUG